AGAUGUUCAAAAAGCUGAAGCAGAUCGGGUUUUAGAAAAGUUGGCGAUCGUCGAUCGAAUUUUAGUGGUCGAGCUAAGAAGUGAAAUAGCACUGAGAAUUCAGUACUUACUUUCAAUUUUCAAUAUUUUGGUGGAGACCGAUCUAGCGUGCGCUCGAGUACCGUACCAUUCAGGUACCACUACCAAUCGUCGGUUUUUAUGCAAGCUUUGAUAAGUAGUGAGAGUGAUUUUCGACUGUUACCACACUUGAUUUUUCUGUGACUCUUUUUGUGAUCCCGAAAGAAGCAACUCCAGCCAGAAAAAUGGACAUCGAUCAAUUUAAAGAGUAUUUUUUGGAAGAGCGCGCCUUUUGGAUGAAUGUCUCGCAGUAUCCCAACACCACCAUGCGGGAUCUUCCCUUUCUUGCCAGACUCAUGGCAGAAAGAUACGUGGAUCUUGGAGUUACCACCUGGGAUAAGCUGAGCGAUCCGCGAACUUCAAGCUGGCCGUUUAUUCAAAGUCCCGUGCCCACCAUUCUGAUGGUUCUCACCUACCUCUAUGUGAUCUUAUGGUUGGGACCGCGCCUGAUGGCCAAUCGGAAGCCCUUCAAGCUCAAAGAAGUGCUUUUCGUUUACAAUGGGGCUCAGGUUUUGCUCAGCCUCUAUAUGUUCUAUGAGCACUUUGCCAGCGGUUGGUUCUUGGACUACAGCUACAAAUGCCAGCCAGUGGAUUACUCCACCAACGACAGAGCCAUGAGGAUGGCCAGACUCUGCUGGAUUUACUACGUAUCAAAGCUGACUGAAUUUGCCGACACCGUGUUCUUCGUCAUGCGGAAAAAGGACAGUCAAAUAACUUUCCUCCAUGUUUACCACCACAGCUUGACCCCCUUGGAGACCUGGUUUCUGGUGAAAUUUAUUGCUGGGGGCCAUGGAACUUUGCAAAACUUGAUCAACAACUUCGUUCACGCAAUUCUGUACUUCUACUAUAUGGUGGCCGCUUUGGGGCCGGAAUACCAAAAGUACCUCUGGUGGAAGAAGCACUUGACCACUCUACAACUGGCGCAAUUCAUGAUUGUCUUCGCUCACGCUUCCCUGCUGUUCUACAACGAUUGUGGCUACCCGCGGCUUAUGGGCGUCGCCAUGAUCUGCAACUCCACGAUAUUUUUCGCUCUCUUCUUGAACUUCUACUAUCAAUCGUUUAUUAACAAUAAGAACAAGAGCAUUAAAGCUGCCCCCCAAAAGACUGUUAAAGCUGAGUAGAUUAGGUGUAGACGGUUAAACCAAAGUGCGUUUAUGCACACUUUUAAGGCUAUUUUUUCCGUUUGCUAAAUGCACUUUGGUCAUUUGUACAUAGCGAAUAGGUCUAGCGACUUGAAGCUUUUUGCACAUUUGGUAGGAAACCGUCUCUGGGCAGGCGACUUAUAAAAAUCCACUCCGAUUAGGGUUAUUCUUCAACGUGCCUUUUUAGUAGGAUAGUAGGUACAAUUCGGCCAAAUUCCUGGCGCAUGCCGGGUUUAAAUAGUGAAACUACACUGAAAUUUAGCCCAUUUUUUGCCACUCUACGGCGAAUGUUUCUGCUCUUUUUUCUAGUCCAUGAAGGUGUUAACAUUAGCUAAGUUCCGCAUGGUGUUUAUUCGCAAUUUUUUUGAGAAGUGUUUUUUUUUGAUGAUAUUGUUAACAUCAACAGCUCAAACAGUACAAAUUUCACACAGUAGGGAAUCGAGGAUUAAUGAGAUUCAGAUUUUAAAAAAUCUUGCCACUUUCACGCUAAAAAAAUCACAUAAAAAUCACACCAACACGGACAAUUACGUUCUAGUGCAAUAAAUAUACUUUAUUUAAGCGAAACAAUCGAAUAUAAAACUAGUCAUAAUGAUUUUAUAGUUUAAUUAACUCGUGUCAGACUUGCCUCACAUGUACCUUUGAUAAGACCAAAGAUUAGACAAUCUUGGUAAUUUAAAAAGCGAACAACUUCGAAUUUUACUUUCACUUGUUGAGUCUUGAGAUCUAAAAAAAUCAAUUUAAAGGUUGUGACCUGAUGAUUUAAGUCUGUUUACAUGUUUUUCUGCAUAUGGUGUACAAACGGCGUUCUUAGUAUUAGUUAUGAUGGGACUAAAAUGGGUUUUAUUCAUGACAAAGUCAAUUAAUUACUAUAGAACUUAUGCGGUCGUUAAUCGCGUUUUCAACAAACUUGAUAAUGCAUUAAUUAAAUUCCAGGUAGACAGCUGAUCAACAGCUCGUAAAAUAGCGCUAAUUUUAUUUAUUAUAAGGUAGGCUAAUGUGUUCUUAGGUGAGCGUAUUUUAGUCAAUGGACAAUAUUCUCUGAUUUUUAAGCAGGCUGCUCAAUUUACACUUCGAUUAAAGAAUGUGAUUCACA